UUCCAUCCUGAUGCAACCACAGUGCUGUGUCCAGAAUUGGUGGAUUCUUGGUCUCACUGACUUCAAGAAUGAAGCUGUGGACCCUCGUGAUUGUCACCACUGGGAAGGAACAACUAGAUUUUGAAACAGGACCAAACAUAUUUGAUUUGCAGAUUUAUGUGAAGGAUGAGGUUGGUGUCACAGACCUGCAAGUCCUGACUGUCCAGGUGACAGAUGUGAACGAGCCACCUCAGUUUCAAGGCAACUUGGCGGAAGGUCUACACCUCUACCUAGUAGAAGGAGCAAACCCUGGAUUCAUUUACCAGGUUGAGGCCUUCGAUCCAGAAGACACAAGCCGAAAUAUUCCCCUCAGUUAUUUCCUGAUUUCUCCCUCAAAGAACUUCAGAAUGUCUGCUAAUGGCACCCUCUUCUCCACAACAGAAUUGGACUUUGAAGCAGGACACAGAAGUUUCCAUCUCAUCGUGGAGGUGAGGGACAGUGGAGGCCUCAAAGCCUCCACAGAGCUCCAGGUGAACAUCGUGAACCUCAACGACGAAGCCCCUCGCUUUACCAGCCCGACACGAGUGUACACGAUCCUGGAGGAACUGAGUCCAGGAACCAUCGUGGCCAAUAUCACAGCGGAGGAUCCUGACAACGAAGGUUUUCCCAGCCACCUCCUCUACAGCAUUACCACUGUUAGCAAAUAUUUCAUGAUAAAUCAGUUGACUGGUACAAUCCAAGUGGCCCAAAGGAUAGACCGAGAUGCGGGUGAAUUGAGACAAAAUCCCACCAUUUCCCUGGAAGUUCUAGUGAAGGACAGACCAUAUGGGGGUCAGGAGAAUCGCAUCCAGAUAACCUUCAUUGUGGAAGACGUCAAUGACAAUCCUGCCACAUGCCAAAAGUUCACCUUCAGCAUUAUGGUGCCGGAAAGAACAGCCAUGGGGACGUCGCUUCUUGACCUGAACAAGUUCUGCUUUGAUGAUGACAGUGAGGCACCAAACAACAGAUUCAACUUCACCAUGCCAUCUGGAGUGGGGAGCGGCGGCAGAUUUUUACAGGAUCCAGCUGGCUCUGGGAAAAUUGUGCUGAUUGCUGAUCUAGACUAUGAAAAUCCAAGGAACCUAGCAGCCGGCAAUAAAUACACAGUGAUAAUCCAGGUGCAGGAUGCGGCCCCCCCUUACUAUAAAAAUAACAUCUACGUUUAUAUCCUAACAAGCCCAGAAAAUGAGUUUCCUCUCAUUUUUGAUAGGCCAUCCUACGUAUUUGAUGUGUCAGAAAGAAGGCCGGCCAGAACCCAAGUGGGACAGGUGCGAGCCACUGAUAAAGACCUCCCCCAGAGAAGCCUCGUGUACUCCAUCUCCACCGGAGGGGCCAGCCUCCAGUAUCCGAAUGUAUUUUGGAUUAAUCCCAAGACAGGAGAACUCCAGCUGGUAACUAAAGUGGACUAUGAAACAACCCCCAUCUAUAUUCUCAGGAUCCAGGCCACCAACAACGAAGACACAAGCUCUGUCACUGUUACUGUGAACAUCGUUGAAGAAAAUGAUGAAAAGCCAAUUUGUACUCCAAACUCUUAUUUCCUGGCCCUCCCAGUGGAUCUGAAAGUUGGCACAAAUAUUCAGAAUUUCAAGCUGACGUGUACUGACCUUGAUUCCAGCCCCAGAUCUUUCCGUUAUUCCAUUGGCCCAGGUAACGUCAACAAUCAUUUCACCUUCUCUCCCAAUGCUGGUUCCAACGUCACACGCCUGCUGCUUACAUCUCGCUUUGACUAUGCUGGUGGACUUGAUAAGAUCUGGGACUACAAGCUACUUGUCUACGUAACUGAUGACAACUUGCUAUCUGACAGGAAGAAAGCGGAGGCUCUUGUUGAGACAGGAACAGUGACACUGAAUAUUAAAGUCAUUCCCCACCCAACCACUAUCAUCACCACAACCCCCAGGCCCAGGGUCACCUACCAGGUCCUGAGGAAAAACGUUUACUCUCCAUCUGCAUGGUAUGUGCCGUUUGUCAUCACUUUGGGCUCCAUAUUGCUUCUGGGUCUCCUGGUGUACCUGGUCGUCCUACUGGCCAAAGCCAUCCACAGACACUGCCCCUGCAAGACUGGGAAGAACAAGGAACCUCUGACAAAGAAAGGAGAAACAAAGACUGCAAAGAGAGACGUCGUGGUGGAAACUCUCCAGAUGAAUACUGUCUUUGAUGGAGAAGCCAUAGAUCCAGUGACUGGGGAAAUAUAUGAAUUCAACUCAAAAACUGGAGCCAGAAAGUGGAAAGAUCCACUAACCCAAAUGCCAAAAUGGAAAGAGUCCAGCCCCCAGGGAGCUGCCCCACGCAGAGUCACUGCUGGGGAAGGGAUGGGGUCACUGAGAAGUGCCAACCAGGAAGAAGAUGAGCUGAGUGGCAAAGCGUGGGCUGAGGAUGCUGGUCUGGGUACCAGAAAUGAAGGUGGCAAGCCAGGCACCCCAAAGAACAGAAAUCCAGCCUUCAUGAACAGGGCUUCCCCCAAACCACACCCAGGAAAGUAAACGGGGUCUAAGGAGGGGCCUGUCAAUCACUGGGAUGCUGCCUCACCCUAAAUUCUAUGGGGACAGUGUGGGCAUGGCGUAGGGGGGAAAAUGUGGGCUGAGGGGAUUCAGACAUUCAGGGUCAAACAUGGGAUGUUUGACAAAUUUUUAAACAAAUAGAAAGGGGUUUGAUCACAUAGUUGUGUGUUCUGAACAUUUUCUGUCAGAUUUCAGAACUACCUGUGCUUCUGAUCAGCAAGACUGUUAACUUUGGGGUGUGGAAUUGUUGUGUUUCUUCUUUGCAUUGACUGCUAGGAAGCUCUAUUCUGUUCACCAUAGGAAGUUCAUAGGACUUCCUGACAUAAAUAGUGAAGACCAUCCUUACAUCUGGUUUCCACCUUAUUUUCCUGCCCUCAUUUUAACAUCACCCAGAUUUCUUCAGUUAUAAAUAUACCAUACACCUUUGUAAGUCACCUCAAAUCUUCUUCAAAAGAAGCAGAACAGUGAAAAAACAGAUGAAUAAGUUAAGAGUUGGUCAUCUGGAAAGAAGAAAACGCAGCAGGCACCUUCUUUUGUUUUUUCUUGUGGUGUCCGGAUCAGCAUCCUGCAUGUGAGAUUCAUCCGUGUUGUCCUGGCUAGCAGUACUUCAGUUCUCUUCAUGGUUGUGUCUGAUUUCAUUCUAUGAUUAUAUCACAAAUUAUCUAUUCUACA